AUAAAAUUAAGCUCAGAUAAUGGCUCACCUGAAAUCUGCUGCUAUGAAGGUACCCGUCAUCGACCUUUUCGAUGAGAAUUUGAAGCUCGGUAGUGACGGUUGGAUUUCGAAAUGCAAGGACGUUCGAGCGGCGUUUGAGCAAUACGGGUGCUUCAUGGCUACGUAUGACAAAGUUUCUUUACAACUUCAGGAUGAUGCCUUCCUCUCUUUGCAACAAUUGUUCAAUCUUCCUACAGAAAUUAAGGUUCAGAACACUUCUGAUAAACCUUAUUUUGGUUACUUUAAACAUCCUUCCAUCCCUCUCUCUGAAAGCAUGGGCAUUGAUAAUCCCACCCUUCUUGAAGGGGUUCAGAGUUUCACCAAUCUCAUGUGGCCUAACGGGAACAAAACUUUCUGUGAAAGCAUUCAUGCGUACUCGAAGCUGGUAUCGGAACUGGAUCGAAUGGUGAAAAGAAUGGUCUUUGAAAGCUAUGGUGUGGGGAAGUACUACGAUUCCCACAUUGAGUCAACUGAUUAUCUUCUUCGACUGAUCAACUAUAGGGUGCCUCAUGAAGAUGAACGUGAGAUAGAUGCAUGUCCGGAUCACACUGAUAAGAGCUUCAUGACCAUACUUCAUGAUAAUGAAGUUGCAGGUCUACAAAUUAAAACAAAGGACGGUGAUUGGAUCGGCGUCGAGCCCUCCGGUACUACGUUCGUUGUCAUGGCCGGCGAUGCUUUGCUGGCAUGGAGCAAUGGAAGAAUUCACUCUCCAAUCCAUCGUGUGAUCUCAACUGAAGCUGAAAAGGAAAGAUAUAGCCUUGCAUUCUUCUCUUUUAGUGGGGAAACUAUAGAAACGCCCAAGGAGCUUGUUGAUGAAGAUCAUCCAUUGCUGUAUAAACCCUUUCAUAACAUGGACUUACUUCGACUCUAUUCCCUUGAUGAUGUUCAGAAGUAUGUCGACUUUAUGUCCCAAUCCAAAUGCACAGCAUGACCUUACAUAUGAAGAGAGA